UUCUGGCAGGCCCUGCCGCGACCAGCUGGGCCCGGCCUCCAAAUCGCGGGUUCAGGGAAGUCUCCGGACGGCCGCCUCAUUCAUGAAAGUGCCCGUGGGUCAGGAGGGAAGGACAUCUGGAGACCUUCCCAAGCGUCUCCCUUUCCAGUUUUUCAUCUGAAAGUGCUGUGAUCUGAUGGCGGCUUUUUCUGCCCGGGCCGCUAGUCUCCCAGAGAGGAAAGGCUAUUGAACAGCUGAAACAGAGGCAAAUGCUGAAUGUGGUGGAGAUCCAAAAAGGGAAGACAACUAUAAUUGAAGGCCGUAUCACUGAGACUCCCCGGGAAAGUCCAAAUCCCCCUAACCCCUCUGGCCAGUGCCCCAUCUGCCGGUGGAACCUGAAGCACAAGUAUGACUAUGUGGAUGUCCUGCUGCUCAGUCAGUUCAUCCGGCCUCACGGAGGCAUGCUGCCUCGAAAGAUCACAGGCCUGUGCCAGGAAGAGCACCGCAAGAUUGAGGAGUGUGUGAAGAUGGCCCACCGAGCAGGUCUGUUGCCAAAUCACAGGCCUCGGCUUCCUGAAGGAUUUGUUCCAAAAAAGAAACCCCAACUCAACCGGUACCUGACCCGCUGGUCCCGCCGCUCCGUCAAGCCCAUCUACAAUAAAGGCCACCGCUGGAAUAAGGUGCGCAUGGCCGUGGGAUCACCCCUCCUGAAAGACAACGUCCGCUACUCAAGAAGGCCUCUGGUGCUCUAUCAGGGUUAGCCUGCCCCGAGCUCCUGCACUCCUGCCCUUCCCGCGGCUGGCCGGCCCCUCCAACAGGAAGGACACCCUCAGUGCCCUCAGCCCUCCAGCAGCAGUGCUGGGAGCUGGGGCAGGCAGGGCAGUUGGGUUCUUUGGCAACUACGAUGGUCUCCUGGCCGGUUGGGGCCAUACUCUGUGCUAGGGGACAGGAGUUUUGCUCAACAGAAUGUCAUAAACCAGGCUCGUGUUUCACCCA